AUGGAUUCAGACGAAUUCGACGACGAUAUUCUCGAUGAGGACUUGAUCAUCGCGGCAAGCCAAGCACCAGUGUUGAAUCAGUCUGCACCGUCGAGAAUUGCGAACAGUGUCCUGCCCCACGCUCAGCGUGCUAGGCUGAGGCAAACUGGGAAUAGCUUCACUCCUCGUCAAGGUCGCAAUAGAAUAUCACAUCCAGAUGUCAUUGAUCUCGAUGAAUUGCCUUCAGAUGCAUUUUCAAGCUCACCGGGUGGUGGUGCACUGUCGGCGCAAUCUGUGUCAAGGAAUGCUCGGCCUACACCUAAAGUCGGAGGUCCAGCUCCUGUCUACCGACAAAUGACUCUUUUCAAUACGACGGCACCACCACCUCAAAAUGGGACUGCCGGGUCCAGCCAGCGCCCGAGUAACACUCGGCAGUUUCGUGUCGACCUGCCAGAGGAAAAGCCAACUCAUCAUGAAAUCGAUAAUGACGCCAUGAAGACCUGGGUCUACCCUACAAACUUGGGUGCUAUCAGAGAUUAUCAGUACACCAUAGUAAAGGAAGGCCUGUUCAACAAUACUCUUGUAGCCCUACCAACUGGUCUAGGCAAGACAUUCAUCGCUGCCACCAUUAUGCUGAAUUACUACCGCUGGACAAAGAAGGCCAAGAUCGUGUUUGUAGCGCCUACCAAGCCCCUUGCGUCGCAGCAAGUUGAUGCCUGCUUCAAUAUCGCUGGUAUCCCAAGAUCACAGACUACUCUCUUAACGGGUGAGGUCAACAAGGGUUUACGAGCCGAGGAAUGGGAAUCCAAACGUGUGUUUUUCAUGACGCCACAGACUCUACAAAAUGACCUCUCAUCCGGUGCUGCGGACCCAAAGUCGAUCGCCCUGCUGGUCGUAGAUGAAGCCCAUCGCGCGACAGGCAAUUACGCAUAUGUCAAGGUUGUCGAAUUCAUACGGCGAUUCUCGAGCAGUUUCCGCAUCCUGGCUUUGACUGCAACGCCUGGAUCCAAUGUCGAAGCAGUUCAAGAAGUAAUUGACAGUCUCGGCAUAUCCCGCGUUGAGAUUCGAACGGAGGACUCUCUCGAUAUCCGCCAAUACGUGCACCAGCGCCAAGAGGACAUUGAAAUCCUGGAGCCAUCGGAAGAAAUGAUCUUCUGCAGGGAGCACUUCACCAAAGCGUUAAAGCCACUUGUGGACAAGCUCAACCAGCAGAAUAUAUACUCUGCUCGUGAUCCCAUGACAAUGACAGUUUUUGGGUUGAUGAAAUCAAGAAAAGACUGGGCUGCUAGAGUUGGCCCAAACGUGAACCAAUUCGUCAAGUUCUCCAUACAAGCCAUUUUCACCGUCCUCCAGAGCUUGGCUCAUGCUAUCAAGCUUUUGAACUUUCACGGGAUCAAGCCUUUCUACGACAACCUAGUUCGUUUCAGAGACGAAGUUGAAGAUAAGGGGGCGAAGGGUCCCAAGUACAAACGCCAAGUUAUCGAUUCACCUGAAUUCCAAGACAUGAUGAGCAAGAUCAGCACUUGGAACAGAAAGGAUGACUUUGUUAGUCAUCCGAAGCUUACUUAUCUCUCUGAUACCAUUCUCAAUCAUUUUAUGGAUGCUGGCGAAGGUAGGGAGAAUGGCGGGACCUCUAAUACGAGGAUCAUCGUCUUCAGUGAGUUUCGCGACAGUGCAGAAGAAAUUGUCAGAGUUCUUAACCGUCACAAACCUAUGAUUAGAGCAGCAGUCUUCGUCGGUCAGGCAGAUACGAAACAGUCGGAAGGCAUGAAACAGUCUGAACAGAUUGAGAGAAUCAAGAAGUUCAAAGAAGGGUCCUUCAACGUUCUUGUUGCCACCUCUAUCGGCGAAGAAGGUCUAGACAUUGGUCAAGUGGAUCUGAUUGUCUGCUACGAUGCGUCUGCCUCGCCUAUCCGGAUGCUGCAGAGAAUGGGACGAACAGGAAGAAAAAGAGCUGGCCGCGUAGUGCUCUUGCUAAUGCAAGGGAAAGAGGAGGAUAAUUAUGCCAAGUCCAAGGACGCUUAUGACAAGAUGCAGCAGAUGAUAUGCGAUGGAAGCAGGUUUAACUUUCGCCAUGAACUCUCCACACGCAUUGUUCCACGAGAUAUCAGGCCUGAGGUUGACAAGAGACACGUGGACAUUCCAAUUGAGAAUACACAGAACCAGUCGCUUCCGGAGCCAAAGAAGCGCGCAGUGAGGAAGAAGGCACCACCAAAAAAGUUCCACAUGCCCGACGGCGUUGAGACGGGCUUCACCUCUGUGGCAUCGAUGCUGGGAAAGCGUUCAGCCCCAACGACAAAAGCGCAGCCACAACAACAGCGCACACCAAAAACCUUUGAACUUGCAGCUAUACCGUCAGAAGACUCAGUCUUGCUGACCAACAAACAAGCUGAAGAGCUCCAUAGGAUUUAUCAGAAUCUGCCAUCUUCCAAGGACCUAGUACAGGUGGUUGCAUCUGUGGACUUGACGGCAAAGCCUUUGGCACAACGAAGUUUACACAAGACCGUGCUCGUACAACACGGGAAACACACAGAGCGAUGCGUCAGACUCUUUCGAAACAUGUCAAAUAUCAAGACAAGUACCGAGUAUAACAAAAUGCCACCACUGUCAGAUGAGAGCCAUUACGCAGAAAUACUCGUCCCAUCUGAUAUUUCGGACUCUGAAACGGAAUCAACAUCUCUUGCUCAUCCACCGAAAAGGCAAAAAACGGCCACAACGGUUGGCCCAAAGCACAAGGAAGUAACCUCAUGCUCUCGUAGUAAACCCUCGAACCCGAAUGAGACUAUGCGAUCAAAGUCCAUACACCGCAAUGUCUUUAUGGGAGAAUUGUCAGAUUCAGAGCGGGAGGAUCUCGUUGAGAUUACACCACCACCACCGCAGAAGAGGCCUGCUAUAAAGAAGGCUGCUCCACGAAAGGCGCCAAUGAAGAAGCCGCCACCAAAUCGUGCUCCAAAACGACAGUCAGCCUGUGUGUAUGACGAAAGCGCUGAUGAAGGCGACGAUUGUCGGCGUACCAGCGAUCUUGACUUGACAGAUGACUCGGACAAUGGCUCGGACAUGGAGGGCUUUGUUGUGGGCGACGAUGUGGCCACAUCCAGCGCACCACCAACGUCAAGCAUGAGGAGACUUUCGACGUCACCCACCACGCCGUCUGCAUCAUUCAUGGCGGGCUUUGUAUCAGCGCGAAGUAGACAGGGUCAUGGCAGGUCGAGGCAGGUGGCAAGUGAUAGCGACGAGGAUGAUUUGCCUUCCAUGAAGCAGAUAGCAAGUAGGCACAAGUCGCAAACGGUGGCAGUGUCGGACACGGAUGGAACGGAUAACGAUAUCGUACAGCGAGCAGCUCGCGGACCCAGAAGACGGGUAAUUGUUGAUGAUGAAGAUGACUCUGAGAGUGCGUAG